AUGGCGGGGAUGAUUCGAUUAAGACCCACACAAAUUAUCCUAACCGGCGAAGAAGUCAACAAAACUCUCCAUAAAUCAUAUCCAACCGUCCCAAAAUCACAGACAUUGUCUGUACCACUUCAAUGGGAUCAUAACGUUACGUUUAGAAAAGGACGAGGCACAAUGAUAACCGAAAAAGCUAAAGCGUCAUGUUUUGGUAUCCACGAGGAUAGCACUACCCUCAGUGAAGCUGAUAGUGACGAAAUUUCCGAAAUGUCAGACUUCAGCUUUGGACCUAUACUCUUAGAUAUCAACCCCAGCGAUACGAACUCUGUGAUAGCUGAAGCCAAUUGCAGUUCUGAAGAUGGUGACGAGGGCAGUGGCGGAGAUAGCGUAAAGUCAGCCUCUUGGGAUGGAGAGUACGAUACUAGUGUGGAUACCCUUACGAAUAAUUCUAUUGGGUCCGAUGAUGAAACAUUAAUUCCUUCGACACUUAACGUUGGUGGUUCGAAUUUUCUUCUAGAUAGAGCUAGAGAACAGGACGCAGUUUGGGAGAUAUACUCAGAUACUCCUGCUGAGCAUGAAUUCAUGGUCAAUGGCGCUACACAUGAUACUCCCGACGUUUACGACUUCGAGUAUCAGGCAGAUGCUGAGUUAAUGUCUAUUGGGGAUGAUGCGAUGUCAGGACAAGAUUCGGAUGCGGAAAACUGUGCCCAGGAAUCUUAUUCUCUGCCUAUGGAUGGAGCAGGCGAACACAGGCUCGGUGAAAUAUUCGCAGAUUUGGAUCUCUACGCAUCGCCAGCUUCUCCUGCACAAAAAAACUCGUCAUUCCGCGAGAAAGAAUCGCCUUCCAGCCGGACUCCAGGAUUUCUGGAGGUUCCAGAUAGCUCAACUAAUAUCACUCCAACUCCACCCUCGGUUCGGAGGCUUCUCAACGAGAUUCCCCCACGACUAGAAGAUGUUAUUGGGCUGUCGCCUCGCCAUUUAGCUUUAUCACGUGCCAUUCUUGCUCGAUAUCGCUCUGAUCACACAAAAAACUCAAUUCCUUCUCGAUCUAAUUCAUCAAGCAUUCACGAAGUUUAUUCCAGGGACUUAUCUCCUAACCGUUCUGGGCAUCGUUCAUUCAGUGAAAUUAUAACAACCCUCCCAACUCAGGAAUACCCCAGCGCUGGUAUCGACGAUAGUGAUGGCAGGAUACAAAUUCUUGGAAAUAAUCCCUGGGGAGAUGUCAAUGCAGAUAGCCAUUACGACGAAAGUAACGUUGGUUUCUCAGACGAGGUGGAAGAAUAUUCUGCAAGAAUAUUAGAUAGAUAA